AUCCUUGCUCGAAAUGCGUGUGCGUUUCAUGAAAACCGUCCUGUACGUGUGUCUUGGUGUGCGCGUUUCUUUGUGUUCCAAUGCGAGGGAGUUCUCGAAGACGGUCUUUAGUCGUUCUUUAGUUACGAAUAAGCAUCCGUCGAAGAUAGAGGAUCCUAGUACCACUUCCUCUUCCGGCUUACGUUUCGACGACACCUCUGUGCGACCCCCAAAUGGGAAAUUCGAUAAAUCUCGUGCUGUAUUGGAUUUGUGACAUGAAUUAUUAGAGAAAAGUGUGUUACAAUGUGAAAGUUUAUGAAUUUUGUUGGGAAUUGACGAUGGAGUUUGGGAAACGAACGUUUUUGUGAAGUGUUGGUUUUUGAGGACGGGGUUUUCUGAAAUACGGGAUUAGCGAUGGAACGAAGGAUGCCGAGAAGAAGAGGACUAUCCUCUGCGGAAACUCGGACUGAAUCAUUGACGAGCACGUCGACACCAAAAUCGGAAGUAAUAGAGAGGCUACUGCCCGCCCACGGGAUCUCAGAGAUCACAAGAUGCAAGGAUCGACCUCACAUCUGUGGAAAAGAGGCCGCAUGUCGCAGUUUCGACGACAACACGUCCAAAUGCGUCUGCCCUCACGACUUAUCCCCUCCAACGAUGGACUUAAAAUGUCCGAAUCGUUCAAUAGUUCCCCUAACGCCUCGAACCAUACCUAACAUAAUACUCCCAAAUGGUAACUUUACCAACACCACAACCACACUUCCAGAAGCUGAACAGUAUUUUCAUACUGCCCAACAGGUGGAGCGAUCAAGACAAAGGGUACCUGAAAUAGUAGGAAUCGCACUAGCUUUCGUCGCGGUAUUAGCAAUAUUGUUGAGCAUAGUGUACUGCGUGAAGAAACGGAGUUAUAACGUGAAAUCGCAGAGGAACUCUUUGGAUGGAACACCAAUGAACCUAAAAAAGGGAGUACUCCUACCGAAUAAGUACACACCUAAUCCACAGUAUUUCAGCUGCCCUUCGCCGGGAGUACCGAUUCUACAACGCGAAUCUCUCGUGCUCCUGCAAAACAUCGGUGAGGGUUGCUUCGGAAAAGUGUAUAAAGGAGAAUUAUACGUCGGAGACUUGACGGAGGUCGUCGCGAUAAAAGUCCUGAAGGAGACCGCAUCACGCGAAGUUGAAGAAGACUUCAUGAGAGAGGUCGACAACAUGUCCUCGUUUAAUCAUCCGAAUAUUUUGUCGUUGAAAGGUGUGGUGCGCCGCGAUGGUAACAGCAGUCCUUGGAUGGUCUUCGAGUUCAUGCCUUAUGGGGAUCUUGCUGAAGUUCUGCGCUCGAACUCUAGACAGCUUAGAUCACCGAAACCAAGUCUACCACCUUUAACUCAGGUUAUUAAUUACCUCAUCAUGGAAUCUCUACACUGGAUCACGAUCCAGAUCGCAGCCGGUAUGACUUACUUAUCGGGUCAGAAGUUCGUCCACCGAGAUCUGGCGUGCAGAAAUUGUCUCGUCGGCGAGAACCUAGUUGUGAAGAUCGCAGAUUUCGGAAUGUCACGAGACGUGUACACUUGUGACUACUACAAGAUAGGAGGUUCUAGGGUUCUUCCUGUUCGAUGGAUGUCUCCUGAGAGUCUGCUGUAUGGUCGUUUUACAUUAGAAAGUGAUGUUUGGAGUUUUGGGGUUGUUUUAUGGGAAGUCUACUCCUUUGGAAAACAACCUUACUAUGGACACAAUAAUGAGGAGGCACUGAAGUUAAUAUUACAAGGAAUAAUGCUGAUCCCACCGGAAGGAUGUCCGCCAUUCGUCUGCCAGCUGAUGCGAGAGUGCUGGAAAACGGAUCCUAAAGACAGAAUCAAGUUCCCAAAAAUAUUGGAGAGGUUCGAGAAAGCUAAAGAUAAAUCCAUCCAGCAAGAUACCUUGCCAAGACCACCUCAAGGUCCAGUUACCAUUCGUACACCGGAUGUUCUGGACCCUGACGGAUAUUUGCUACCAGCACCCACCAAACCACACGAAUAUUUACAAACUCUACCAGCCUUACCCGACUGAGGACUUCGAACUGAUUGACACGUUCUGUGAGUCAUAAAGUGCCAUUUCUCGGUUUGCGUGGGCAACCGUACUCAAGCUUUAAUAUUUAAAAUUUUGGAAAUGGAGGUAAAGUGUGCUACGAUUGGAUUCAGUAAGAAGAUAAGUAAGAAGUAUGCAAAUGGUACUCGCAAAAUGAAGUCGAAUGUUAUUAGAAUUAACCUUUUGCGAAUCAGGGUUAUGGAGAAAAGAUGUUGUGGAGAAUUGUGGAGAAAAGGAUAUGAGAUUUUGAUUUAUAUGUGACUGCCAUGUUGAAGAUACAGGAUUCUACUUUUACAAGUGCAUUUUCUUAAUUUUUCAUUGUGUCUAUUAUCCAUAAUUUCAAGCAUGUAUUUUAAUAAUUAUUAUGAGUAAUUUUAUGUCGACAAACAUUAAGAACAAGGAAUUACUAAUAAUAAGGAUAAUUGAUUUCUAUGAAGACAAACAAAUAUGGCUGACAUGGAAGUUAACAUAUAUCCGCCAUUUUAUAUUCUGAAACAGAGCUUCUCAAAGUAUUAUGGUAAACUACUUUGGAAAAUUAGAAUUGUUUAGACCUGCUCAUUUUAAUUUAUAAGAAUAGUUUUAUUAUUCUUCAAGGUUCUAAAACCUUGCAAUCUAAAAAUCUCAAAACUAAAGUUUCAAAAUUCAGAAAUUCCAAAGUACCAAGUCGUAAGUUCCACAAUCUUGAAAUUCUAAAAUUUCAAACUCUUAAAGAUCAAGAAUUUCAAAUCCUCAUAGUCUCAAUUUUCAUAAGUUCCAAAUCUAUAAAUUAAAAAAAACUUAUACAAUGGUUCGCAACAGGUUAAAUUCUAAAAUUGUCAGACAUCCAGUUCUAUACAACAUAGAACGUGCUACGAACGUAUUAGAUUGCUGCGAACAAAAUGGCCGACUAGCCACAAGUUUCAGCAAUUAUUUCAAUAAGUGUACCUAAUAUAAAUUCGAAAACUGUGUCUUCAUCAAUCUUCAUCAAUUUUAAAAGAUUGAAUGAAGUUUAUGGUAACGAAGUUACAUCUUGUAACAAAGUUUACUCGAAGUUUACUAAUUGUAAAAUCCACAAAGGAUCCGAGGAGAGAAAUCUCUUCACGACUUCCAUGCGAGGAGAUCUCAGACCGAAACGAUAGACAUUUAAUACACAGCAAGAUAAGAUUGUGAAAUCCUAUAAAGAUACAGUCUAUGGUAAUCAUGAAUCUUUUUGAGAAAAUGUCUAUGAUAUCAGGGAACUCAUGAAAGUUCGGCACCGUCGAACCUUCGUUGUCCAGGAAAUAGUAUUAAUACUUUUGUAGCGCUAAGGAAAUGUAACAUACUUUCGAUAAUUUAUUAUUAAUUAGAAUUAGAAGGAUUGUUUACAAAUAGGAAAUUGUACAUGAUUGUUGUUCCCCAGAGCCGUCGCAUAUUCAAUUACAAAUCUAACAAAAUUUAUUUUUUAUUCUUAAAAAUAUUUGUCUACUCACUUUUUUCGAUUUUCACGAAGAAAUUUAUGCGACGACCUCUGUUCAUCCCUGAACACCAUUUCCUCUCGAUUACUCGGUAUUUUUACAAAUGCAAACUAGCAUACAUUGUAUUAAAUAAUAUUUUUAUUAAAUUCGGUAAUAUACGUAUUUCUGACCCGUC